GAAGCGCAGGAGGCCGCCGCAGGCCUCGGCAGGGUCACUCGGGCUGUCAACUCCAGGAGGCGGCAGCCUGGAACCGAGCCCGGCGCCUGAAAAGGGAAGAUGCUCACUACGAACUCGAUUUUCCUCCCCAGCCUUCUGAAAAUGUACGAGCAGACAGGGGUGUGAGUGGGUGUCAACGGCCAUGCUUUGACGGCGGACGGGAACGGCCUCACCUCCUAGUCUGCCAGGAGGCGACCAGCUGAGCUCCGCAGCCAGAAGCAGCCGCCGAGGGACCCGGAUGCCCCGCCUCUCUCACUCUAGCCGGCAGGAAACGAGGGGACAGCGCGUGCGCAGAAGGCUGGUCUUGCGCAAGCGCACUAACCACGUCCUCCUAGCCCCGCCUGCCGUAGAUUUUGUAUUGAUUCCGCACAGGGAAACACCGGCGGGAGCCGAGGCCCAGAAGUCUUGCGCAGAUACUGUUGCCAUAUGAAGUUGAACAUGGCAGAAGACGACGACUAUAUGUCUGACGUCUUCAUUAAUGUCCAAGAAGAUAUCAGACCAGGAUUGCCAAUGCUGAGGCAAAUCCGAGAAGCCCGUAGAAAAGAAGAAAAGCAACAGGAAGCUAAUUUGAAAAACAGGCAGAAGAGUUUAAAAGAAGAAGAGCAAGAAAGACGUGACGUUGGGUUGAAGAAUGCCCUAGGCUGUGAAAACAAAGGGUUUGCUUUGCUCCAAAAGAUGGGAUAUAAAAGUGGUCAGGCCCUUGGCAAGAGUGGAGAUGGUAUUGUUGAACCAAUUCCUCUCAACGUCAAAACAGGGAAAAGUGGCCUUGGGCAUGAGGCAUUAUUAAAACGGAAAGCAGAGGAAAAAUUAGAAAGCUACAGAAGAAAGAUUCACAUGAAAAAUCAAGCUGAAGAAAAAGCUGCAGAACAAUUUCGAAUGAGACUUAAAAGUAAGCAAGAUGAAAUGAAGCUAGAAGGAGAUCUUAGAAGAAGCCAGCGAGCCUGUCAACAGUUGGAUACUCAGAAGAAUAUUCAAGUUCCCAGGGAGGCAUGGUACUGGUUGAGGCUUGAGGAGACUGAAGAAGAGGAAGAGGAAGAAAAAGAACAAGAUGAAGAUGAAUAUACGAGUGAAGAUUUAAGUGUACUGGAAAAAUUACAAAUAUUAACAAGUUAUUUAAGAGAAGAGCAUCUGUAUUGUAUUUGGUGUGGAACAGCCUAUGAAGAUAAAGAAGACCUGUCUUCAAAUUGCCCAGGACCAACUUCGGCAGAUCACGACUGAGAUUAUUCUCAAUAAAGUAGAAACUUGGAAAAUGUUAUUGUUUCCUAAAGAUAGACAAUUGAGCUGUUAGAAUUCCCCAAUUUUUGAUGCCAGUAAAGAAAGAGGGGCUUUGUA